UGGUAGUAUUUCACAGUAAAAUUCUUAACAAAAAUCUGAAAUUUCACUGAAUACCAUUCUGAUUAUUCCUCAUAAAAAUGCAUAAUAACAGCCCAGCAGAUCUUCGUCCUUUGAUUUAGUCUAACAAAUUCUCCUCUUCUAAUUACACGUGUCUGUCUUUCUUUUUAUUCUUUUUUUCUCAUCCUAUUGCUCAUAUUUUGCUCUCAUGCAUGGAAUCCUCCUCCUAGUCUAUACUAAAAAACAAGAAAUAUAUGUAGAGAGUAUGUAUAUGCAGAGAGAGAAGGGUAGGGGAUAGAGAAAUAUUAGGAAGAAAUAGUCUUCUGUUUCCGUUUUAAUUCUUGAUCGGCUGUGGCUAGUUCAAGACCCGACCCACCUGUUUAAAAGUUUGAUUUUUUCAGCAUUAAUUUCUUGAAUUUUUUAACAUUAAUAACAUAGGGAGAGUCAUUUAUAUGCCUGUUUUUCGAGAUUACAGUAGAUAUGGAAUUCAAGAGAGUUUUCCUUUUCUUUUGGGCAUAAUUUUUACUUCCCCAAAACUGAUCCAAUCACUUGUGCAAUACCAAGGUAUAGACUUUGUGAUCUCUGCUCAAUCCUUAGUUCCAGAUUUGAGAUUUUAUCUUUCGUAAUUCAUUGAUAUUUUUCUGAUCUGGGAUCUUUUUAUUUGUUCGUUUAACUAUUUGGGUGUUGGUGGACCAAGAAAUAAUGCAUUGUUGUGCAAUUUGAGCUUACUGGUUGCUUGUGGAUCUUGCUUUUAGUAUUUGGUUGUUAAUAAGUUAUUGUUUUGUUUGGUGAGCCAAAUAGAAUUGUUCGAUUCAAUGGAGGAGGAUCAAGAACUGAGAUUUGUUUGCAAGUUUUGCAACAAGAGGUUCGUAUGUGGUAAGUCUCUGGGGGGUCACAUGAGGUCUCAUGUAAUUGCGAAUUCUGCUGAAUCUGAGGAAAAAGUUGAAGCAAACAUGAAAAGGAUUUCUUCUUUAGGUGGGCCGGGAAAGAUUAUAAUAAAUGAGUCGAGGGUUGUUGAAUUUGCUAAUGGGCAAUCCAAUUAUGGCCUUAGAGAAAAUCCCAAGAAAACAUGGAGGGCUGUGGGUUCGACCUUUCCUCUGCCACAGGAGAAGGUUUGCAAGCAAUGCGGUAAAGGGUUUCAAUCGUUGAAAGCGUUGUGUGGUCACAUGGCUUGUCACUCGGAGAGGGAGAGGGGUUUGAAGGACGAUCAUUCCUGGACGAGUGAGAAUCAGAAACUAGUUAUGGAUAGUCAUUCGGAUACUGAAUCUGAGGACAGGAUGUUGAGAACUAGAAUAUCAAAGAGCAAGAGGUUCAAGAAAAUCAUUGUCAAGUCGUCCUCCUUUUCUUUUGCUAAUAAUGGUUCUUCGACUGUUUCUGAGAUCGAUGAGCAAGAACAAGAGGAGAUAGCUAUGUGUUUAAUGAUGUUGUCUAGGGAUUCAGGAAGUAAAGGUGGUGUGAAUUCAGUUGUUGAGUAUUCAGAUAAUAAUUCAGUGAUUCUAGAAACUAAAUCUUCUUCUAUUGACAUGAGAAUUGGUAGAAAGGAAGGCUUAAAUUAUGUUAAUAAUCAAGACGAGGCUUUCCAGAAGAAGAAAAUUGGGGAUAGGAAGUUGGAAGGUAGAACUUUGGAUGCAGAUAUUGCUCAAAUGGAGAAAUCUGAUUCAGGUUAUUUCUUAGAUGAAUGUGCUAAGGUUGAGUCUGAUGGAUCAGUUGAUGGCUAUCACAGAAAUGGUUCUUUCGGUGAAUGGAAGAAGUUCCAGACGGGUGUUGGAGCUAUAGGCGAGGAGUCGGUUUCUGAAUUCAAGAAAAGCUUGAACAGAAUCAAGAGUUAUAAAACAGAGCUUGGGAAAGAGGUUGCCCGAGAAAAUGGAUAUGAUGAUGCUGGUAGAGUAUCAAAUUCGGCUAGAAUUGAAUCACGAAAGAGAAAGCAUAGAUUUGAGGUGUCUGAAUGUUGGAAUGAAUCCGGUAGUAAGAUGAAAAAUGGCUCUUCGGAUGAUCAGGUGUUCGAUAAUGCUCAGAAAAGAAGUAAAUAUCAAUGCUUGAACUGUAAGAAGACCUUCAACUCUUAUCAAGCACUUGGUGGGCAUAGACCAUGCCAUAAGAAAAGUAAUGCCAUUUUUGAAUCGCGAUAUGAAAUGGGUGAGAACAGUCUAGAUGGUGCGAAUGACUUCAGAACUGCUUAUAAGCUCGGAGAGUCUACUAGCAAGAAAAAACUGAUCCCUAAAAUUUCAUCCCAUGAUUCAAAGAAAGGAGUUAAGUCGAAGAAGAACAAAGUGCACAUAUGUCCAUUCUGCGACAGGGUUUUCAAGAAUGGUCAGGCUUUGGGUGGCCACAAGAGGUCACAUUUUAUAGGUGGCCACGAGGAAACUAGCAGUCGAACUCCAUUGGUGAAGCCAGAGCUUCCUGAUUUACUUGACCUUAAUCUUCCAGCUCCUGAGGAGGAUGAGGAUGACGACCAUGGCCAAUUCUUCUCGUGGUAGGUUGGAAAUGAAUGCUCGAUUCGCUGUGACUGCUGAUUGUGCUCCUUCAAGAUGCUACAAUAGACAGAAUUCGGUGUCCAAUGGUACUCAUUUGCAGUUAUUUGGCUCAUAUUACUGUAAGAAGCCUCCCAACAUCCAAUUCUUAAUCUUCGUUUGGCUAGAUCCAAGAAUAUGCUGCAAUUUUUUGCAGACUUCAAAUUUAUCUGUUUAUUUAGUUUUCAAGCAAUGGCACUAAAAUCAGUAUGUUUCUUUUAGUUAGUUCUUUGACUAAAGACUAGAAACUAAGAUUAAAUCAUUGUAGUUAUGUUGUCAUUCAUUUCCUUUUAGUAUGCAAUUUGAAUUCAAUUGUGUUCA